UUUUUCAAAACUGAAUUUUCUGGAAUAAUAAUAUAAGAAAUGAUUGUCGUUUUUAAAAUUCGAAAAAUUCAGCAUGCAGUGGAAACAUUAAAAUACUCACGAUGUCAACAUAAAUUUCAAUGACAUUUGUUUCUACAAUUGUUUCUGCAUUACCAUUGGAGGGGGAAGCAAAUGUAGUGGAAGUUGUGCCUCCAGAACCUAAAUAUGAUGGCUCUUUUUUUGGAAAAAGGAAUCGUAAAAUAAUAAGUAUGUACAUAACGAAAACAAUUUAGAUACCGUCAAUAAGAUGGAUGAUUGAAAUAAAUAAGUUAUUCUCAUAUUUUGAAAAUGCAUCGGGUGAUUCUGAAAAAAUUAAUAAUAUCCCUGAUCGACGACCAUUGGAACACGUGGCAUCAUUAAUUAAUAUCAAGAAAUGGAAGCCUGAAGAUGGAGACAAUAUUUGGGAGCGAAGCGGCCUUAAUGAAGGAGAUGUAAUGGUUGCAGACGACACGUUAGCUACAAAUACAAAUAAUACUAAACGUUGGCCUGGAGCUGUUGUACCAUAUUUCAUUGAUAGAACGUUUUUUGGUAUGGUAAUCUUACAUAUAAAGUUUGCAUUAAUAUUUUAUGUACUAUAGAUAAGGAGAAGCGGAAAACAAUCGAAAACUCCUUGCGCGUUUUUCACAAACAUACUUGUGUAAGAUUUCGCCCUUAUCAAAAAAAAAAGAUACAAACUUUGUGUAUGUAAAAGGUGAUAAACCUGGAUAUUGGUCUUACGUUGGUAAUCAUGCUAAUGGACAAGUUAUCAAUUUUCACGAUUCUAAAUGUUUACGACAUGGUACUAUAAUUCACGAAUUUAUGCAUGCACUUGGUUUUCACCACCAACAUGCAGCUCGUGAUCGGAACAACUAGGUAAAAAUUGCGUGGGCAAAUAUAAAACCCAAUAAAACGCACAAUUUUGUAAUACAUGAAGACGAUCACACAGAUUUCGGGGUUUCUUAUGAUUAUAAAAGUAUAAUGCAUUACAGUUGGAAAGCUUUUUCAAAAAAUACCAAAAAACUAUAAUUCCAAAGAAUGAACAUGUAACUGUUGGUCAAAGAUAUGGAAUGAGUGUCAAAGAUAUUAAAAAAAUUAAUAUAAUGUACAAUUGUACUACAAAAGAAUAGAAAAAAGAAGUAAUAGUAAUGUAUGGUUUAGAUUCCGAAACUCAUGAUUUUGAUUGAUUGUCUCUGAAGAUCAGUUGGCUACAUUAAUUUGUAGUGCUAUCAAAGUUCGAAAAAUACGCACUUUUGUAUUUUCAAUUCUCAAAUAUUUAUUAUAGCAUAAUAUUUUUCAUUUUAUACGUUUUUAAAUAAGUCUGAUUAUUCUACCUAUAAGGUACGAAACUUAUUGCAUCUCAGCAGUGUUAUAGUUAAUAUUGUUAUGUGUUUUAGUUAUAGCGUGAAGAGAUUACAAUAAUAUUGUAAAUAUUGUCAAGUUUAUUAUUAUAAAUAAAAUAUCAGUUACAUUUGAUGGGUAUUAUAAAUAGUUGCAAUUAUAUAAUAUAAGAAUUAAUAAUAAAUACCAUUACUUUCCCACAUUUGAAAUUAUAUUCGAACAUUGUAUGUAUUUAUUUAUUUUUUUAAACGUUACAAAAUUUUCUUGUUACAAGUACUCAAAAUCGUAACUUAUUGUACUAUCAAUGUUAGAAGAUUACUAUGCAGAUAAAUUACUACUUUACAUAUCAUACUACGUGAUGUACUUUUAAAGAAUAUGUGAUCAGAAAACAAAACCACUGACCUAUAUACGAUUCUGCGACUAUACAAACUGAGGUGUCUUCCGAUUCAAAACGUUUGUUGUCGCAUUCUUUGCCUGCCUCAAGUAAACAUGUUAUACUUUCGAACAAUUAUUGUGCUUUCUUGUUGUAUACUGCUGAUAGUUCAUGCACAACCAGCUCAGAAAAUGCAGAAAAGGGAAGCUGAAGAUUUACCUCCUACGCCAAAGCAUGCGGGUAUUUUUGAUGGAAAACAAAAUCGUGAAGAAAUAUCUGAACAAUUAAAGAAAUGGAAACCAGAAGAUGACAAUAAUAUUUGGGAAUUAAGUGGUCUCUACCAAGGAGAUAUGAUGGGUUUUGAUAAAUUAGGAAAGAAUGGUCUGUUGGAUGAAACAGCAAGGUGGCCAGAUGCUGUCAUUCCAUACAAUAUUGAUCAAGAGGAUUUUACUGAAGAAGAUAUCGAACAAAUCAAGGACGCCCUGAAGGUCUAUCAUGAAAAAACUUGUAUUCGUUUCCGACCCUACAAGAAAGGUGAUAAGAAUUUCAUAACCGUGAAAGGCGAUAAUACUGGAUGUUGGUCUUACGUUGGUAAAUACAGUGAAGGUCAAGUAGUGAAUUUCCAAAAUCCUGGUUGUCUACGGCAUGGUACAAUUGUUCAUGAGUUCAUGCACGCGCUUGGCUUUUAUCAUCAACAAAGUGCGGCCGAUCGCGACGAGUGGGUGACUAUUGUCUGGGAUAACAUUAUGCCGGGUAGAGAGCACAAUUUUGAUAAGUACGACAAUAAAACCGUAACUGAUUAUGGAGUGAGUUACGAUUAUAGCAGUGUUAUGCAUUACAGCGCAAAGGCAUUUUCGAAAAAUGGACAAAAAACUAUCAUUGCUAAAAAAGAAAAUGUAACUCUUGGACAACGAGAUGGCUUUAGCGAAAAGGAUAUUGAAAAAAUAAACAUUAUGUAUAAGUCUCAUUGUGAAACUCGUGAUAAAAAAGAAAAGGAAGGCUCUACGGAAAGUAGCGGCGCUGUAGAUAUAAUUUCAUCUUUAUGGCCAUUUCGUGCAUUUUCAUGGGUACUGAAAGGCUAAGAUUGAAUACUAUAUUUAUAAGGUCAUCAAAGUUAAUUUGUAUCUUUUCUGUUUACUCUAUAUAGCUUAUGUGAUAUAUGUAUUAAAUAAGUAAAUGGUUAUAUCAAGAA